GACUCUUGUGAACGCAUGACUCUAAAAUAAACCAUAACUAAAUCAGGAUCAUCUCAAAUGGCACCUGCUGACAGGUCAGCUUUCAUCUCAGAGAGAAAACGGGAGAAAAAUUUGAAGGCCCAAGCGAGAAGUAGAAAACAUCGCAUAUACAAUGAUUCGGAUACAGAAAAUAGAAUUCAGCGGAAGGAUUGCACGAAACAAUAUUACACAAGACAAGCCAGGAGCUCUUCCAUGCCAGAAGAAUCCAACAUUCAUAGCAAGGGACCUUUGACUGCAGAGAGAGAUCCUUCAGAUCCCCUACUUGGUCGUACAAAAUGGUCGAACGAUUUUAUCAACGCCGGUAAAAAACAACGGAAACAAAGUCGUGUACAGCAGGCUCAUGAAUAUGAAACCAAUGGCAAGUUGAGCGGAGGUUCUGAUGGAAAUAAGUAUGAGAAUGGCCAGACAAAUAUAGUGAAAGAGGAAGUCGAUAAUCCUUCGAUUGAACCAGCUGGAGCGCAGGGUGAAGACAAUACGAACGAACAGCGGACGAGCCCAGAAAGGGUUGGUGCUUACACUCAAGGGAAAGAUCUAUGUGCGAAUGCAUCUGGAAGAUCUUUAGAUGACUUAGCAGAACGCGCAGUUGGUGAGCUGACCGAUAUGGACUACGACGAUGAAGGCUAUACAGACCUCGAUAUUGCUUCUAAGAAGAAGGAUGUUCAUUUGCCUCCGUCUAGUGGAACACGAAGAGGUCGUCGGGUUCAAAGAACUACUUUGGUACCAGAUGAGACUGAUGCUGAUGGCAUGGAUUGGGAAGGUGAAAACGAAGCGAGUAGGAUUCCAGAUAAUGCUCCAGGUGAUGACGGGGUGAACCUGAUGGAGCCUCUAGCAGCUGGAAUUUAUAUGCUGGAAGCCAUACGGAAAAAACGACAACACAAGGGAAGAGUCGAAUAUUUAGUCAAAUGGCUCGGAUACCCCGAGAGGGAAAACACAUGGGAGCCUUACGAGAAUAUUGCUAAUUGUGGUGAUCAUUUGGAAGACUUUGAGGAGCGUUGUAAAUCAAGACGCAAAAAGGGGAAAGGAUCCAACAAAUACCAGCGAAAGAAGAAAAAAGUCAGCAGAUCGAGACCAAACGCAGAUGAUUUUGACGACCUCGCAGAUGAAGAUAGAGGAGAAGAUGAUGAUUCAGGACAAGGUAAUCUGCAGUCCGACCAAAACGAUUACCAUUUGGAAACCGCAGAUUCAGUAAGAAAUCAACCAGAUGAGGCCGAGCAAGCCAAUAUGGAAAUCUGCACUCAAGAUAAUAUUUCUGGAGGUAUUGGAGCUGCAACUAGAGCUUCAGAUCCGAUGGUAUGCCAAGUUGCUACGAAAUAUGUGGUUGAAAUGCUGAAGGAGAAAGGACAUACUAUUGAACCAUGUAGCCCGAUGCAACCAGAUGUUGCUAUUUAUAGAAGCGACGAUGUGAUUGCCAAAGAUGAUACAAGAUCUGAGCUGCUAAAAUCACGGAAACUGGGCUCCAUCCAUGUCAGCACGAGCAUCUCUCCUACACAGGCAACAGCUUCGACGUCUAACAUUUCAAAUUCAAAAAGAUCCGAGAGAACAUCUUCGAUGUCUAACAUUUCGAAUUCAAAAAGAUCCGAGAGAGUCAUAGAUCAACCUACAGAUGAAGCUGGAAGGCGCUUGUUGCUGAAUGUUGGGAGCCUGCAAAUAGAUACAGUUACAGGUAACAAUCCCAACAUUUCAAAUUCGAAAUUUGAAGUUGCAAGCCACACUCACACAGAGGAAGUUCCGCUGCCGAAAUUUGACAUCGAUAUAAAUUGCCUUCCAAGUGAAGAUGAUCAACCUCAAGAUCAUUUGAGUGGUGGGCAGAAUCGAUUGAAGCUGAUUACGGGGAGAUCAAACAUGGGAAAGCCUAUACAAGUUGUGUCUCCAGUACACAAAGAUUAUGACUCUGAUGUUGUAAGAUUGAAUGCAAGUGGCUCAAAGGACCGAGGUAAAGCAGUCAUUGGAGCGAAGAGAAGGAAACUAACUGUUCCGACGCGGGUACCACCAGUGGACCCAGAGCAGGGUAUUGAAGUGCUGGAAAGACCUGAUGAAGCUGCGAAGAACAUGUCAACAAGAGCAUUGGUUGGUGCUGGUCUUCAAGAUUUCGGAGUCAUCAAGACAGGACCGGAAACUACACGCUCAACACUGAAUCCAGUUGUCCCCGAUGUGCAGCCACCAAUCAACGAGGGUCUCCAUUCGAGGGCAUCACCACAAUUGAUCAAGAUUCUGAGAGCAAGACAUAUUGCCUUUCGAACUCUGCCUCCCACAAAUGAACAGGAGGCUGACGUGCUUUUCGAGGUCCUUUGGUCUGAUGGUUCGAUACAGUUGUUAGACAACCAAACCUUGAAGAAGGAACAUUCCCAGAUGCUCAUCAAGUUCUAUGAGACACUUCUGCGCGCGACCUGAACCUGGGCAGACUUCAAGUUUGUAAAAUUUUACAUUGUGCAGAUAAUUUCUCUUACCUUUAAUUUCCAGUUCUCUAUCCUCGUGAAGGACAAGUGUAUCUACAUCUGUAGAGCUGAUUAAGAGUUUCCGAUAUUGAGCAAACUAUCUUUUUGAGUAUGAGCUUUUUAUUUCCAAAUAC